AUGACAAGAGAAGAAGUUAUAACUUUAAAAAAAGAGAAAAGACAUAGAAGCUUAGAAGACUUUUUAGUAGAUAAUGAAGUUGCAUCAACAAGUCGUCCGAGCAAGAGACAAAAAGAAAAUGAAGAUAGAGCUAAA